UAUUUUAUGAAAUCCCGAUAGACUCAAAAGUGAUUUCUUUUUUUUUCUUUGCAGGAAAGAAAAUGUUUACAACAGUGAAAAAUCGAUCCAAAAUAUUAUGGAAAUACAUAUGUUCUUGUUGCUCAUCAUCAAAGAAAACAACACAGAAAGAGCCAGAAGUCCGGAUUCCACUGGAGGAUGUUACGGAGCCCAUCAGCCUGGAAAUAGAAAUUCCGAAGGAAGAAAAGCCCAAACCCGUUGUCGAGGAAAGCGCGGAGAGGACGGAAGUAGUGGAGAAAGUAUCCGAAGAUUUAGGUCAAAAUAUCACAGAAGCGGACGAGAAACCAAACAGUGUUUUGGACUAUGUAGGUGACUUGCCAGGCUGCAAAGAACAACAAGAAGCACAGAAGACCUGUGAAAGCAACGACCAGGAAAGAAGAAUAGAAGCUGUGGAGACACCAGAGAAACCUGUUGAGAUAAUCCAGGAAACAAAUAUACCAAGCGCUGAAUACCCUGACCCUGAUAUCAUGGAAAGAUUGGCGACAAUGGAUAUUCAGGAGAUAAUAUCCUAUUAUUUAGAAGAUUACUUCUUCAAGCAAACUACGGACACUGAAAGAAUCAUUGACGCAGACCGUGAUACCGAUACUCAGAAAACUGAAUAUCCUGUCCCUGCCAUUGAGGAAAGUCUUCAGAACAGGGAACCUGUGAAGAAAGAAUCCACUGAGUUAGCUGUUCCCAUAAAAGAUGCAGUCGCUGAUACAGACAGUGGAUCAGAGAGUGAAUCAGACAGUGAAUCAGAGAGUGACAACAAACCUAAGUUUCGACAUAUGUCACUGAUACUCGCAGACCGACACAUAUAUUUUAAAGCCAAGUUGGAAAAGGCAAUUCGGAAAAAGAAAAUCUUCUGGCUGCUACGUGCUGAGCACAUCGAUGAAAGCAUGCGUAGGAGAGGAUGGAUACAGAAAAUAUCUUUCACAUUUGAUGCAAAAGCGAGGGAUAGUCGAUAUCUUGAUCCAGACAGCGGAUUGGAGCUGAAGCUUUCUUAUUCUGUAAAGCCCUCACUGAUCUGGUCAUACCGCCAUUAUCCCUACUCUAUUGUGGAACAAGAUCAGAUGAUGAACAGCUAUACAAACACGGACUGCUUUACAACCAAGUUUGGACUGUGCGUGAAUUUAAAGAACGCGGACAAAUUCUUCCCACGUUGCUAUGACCUGGCAGAUAAAAAAGGGAGAAUGUUAUUCACUGAUGACUUCAUGAAAACUGCAGCGUAUAGUAUCAUAAAAUGGGUUGUAAGAAGAAACAGUUCGCCUGUUCAAGCAGAAGAAACUACAAGGAACGGCUGUGUUGCACCUAUUUCAGUCAAUGUCAUUUUAAUGGCUUUUAUGGUCUGCAAAAUGCUCAUGAUUCCCUCAAUAAAUAAGGACAUAGACAAGAAAAUUAAAGCGAUGGAUCCCGAUUGGACAGAAUAUUUAGAGGGAUACUAUCAACUCAUACACGCCGGCGCAGAGAUUAAGAAUUCCGCCACGUAUGCUGAACCUUGCCGCCAGGUUUUAGAUAAAAUUCAGGCAAAACUCCCACAGCUGGAUAUCGACACAGGAAGAAAUAUCUGGAUCCUGAAAAGAGCCGCUCUCUCCGGAGGAAGAGAUAUAAUUUGCAUGGAUCGCGUGAAAAAAAUAAUUAAGUUUGUUCAAAGCCAUGACAGCCGUCAUGUGGAAAAGAAGUGGGUGAUACAGAAGUACAUAGAGAGGCCAUUUCUCAUUUACAACACUAAGUUUGAUAUGCGCCAGUUUUUCUUAGUAACGGCCUGGAACCCCCUGACAAUCUGGUACUAUAAGGAAAAUUACAUUUGUAUGUCAUCACAACCUUUCAACUUGGAGAAUCUGGACAACUCCAUACACCUGUGCAACAGACCCGUCCAGAUGCAGUUUAAAAACUGCCCAACCCGUCACCCUGAGCUGCCUGAAGACAAUGUAUGGUCUAAUAGAAAACUGCAGGAAUACCUAUGCAUGAUUGGAGCAGAAAACGUCUGGAAGGACGUGAUGGUGCCAGGGAUUAAGAAAAUCAUAUAUCAAACUAUGCAAGUUUCUCAGAACAAAGUAACGCACAGAAAGAACAGUUUUGAUAUUUAUGGUGCUGAUUUCAUGUUCAGCGAGAACUUCAAUCCGUGGCUCAUUGAGAUCAAUUCCAGGCCAGAUAUGAGUUCACCCACAGCAGUGACUGGUGUGAUCUUUGAAAGUAUUUUAGAGGACACCAUAAAAGUCAUCAUUGAUCGUAAGAAGGACCCUAACUGCGACAUCGGAGCAUAUGAGCUGAUAAAGAAACAGCCUUAA